GGUGUCUUUCUGCGGUCCUGCGGAUGAAAUUCGCGAUAUUCGGGCCUGGUGGUAAAUAUGGAGCAUUUCCCUGGAGCGAACACACAAAACCAUUUCCACCCGUGGGAAAACCGAGGGCUGUAGCCGCGCAAAUUACAAAACCAUCUUAACUCGCUGUUAUUUAUGGCUUCUGGCUCCGGAGAUGAAGAAGGAGACACGGACGGCGUUGCAUGGAGGCUCAUAGAGCCAGCCUCGGAGCUUUCCAAGAAGCGCUGCCGCCUCCUGUACUCCCCUCUCGGCCACGACGCAGAUGUCUGCCUCUUUUAUGUAAAGGGGGAGUUCUUCGCCAUGGAUGCCCGCUGUGCGCAUUCCGGUGGUCCUCUGUGUGAGGGGGACAUUGAGGAGGCUGAUGGAGUCCUGCAGGUCUUCUGUCCCUGGCACGACUAUAACUUUGACCUCAGAACUGGGAAGUCUGGGACAUCAUUAAAGCAACAAGUUUAUGAAGUAAAGCUGGAGGAUGGCAACGUCUAUGUGAAGCACGCAGGUCGUCUCUCCUUGAAACCUUUCCUGAAAACCUGACUAACCGCAGCGCAGCUGCUUCGUCCUAAAUCUAAAACCUUUUCCACAAACCCAAACCGUCUGAAAACAUUCCUGAGCCCUAUCUCUCCUGCUCUCAGCACGGCUUCUACUUUGACCACCAUGAUCUCAGGACUGUGCUGAGAAGAUUGUGUAAAGGACAUGACUUCAUGAAAUUGUUUUUCUUGUUGGCAUUCCAGAUAGAAGUUCAACAGAAGCUGUGAACACAGAGUAGUGAACUUCCCGAUGAUCCUGACAAAACACAGGAUUGCAGCUGAUGUUUAACAUAAAAAUGUUUCAGCAGAAAUGCGAUUAUCCUAUUAUUUUUAAAGAUUUUCUUGUACAAAUAACUUUAUUUCUUAGGAAUAUGUUUCAAAAUAAAAUGAAUGUGUCGACUUUUUCCACAAUUGCUACAUGUUUUUCUCAAACCUAAGAGCAAAGGAUGUGAGAAUCUCCACCUGCCUAUUUCUUACAUAAAGGGUUAUUUUGCAAUAUUGUGUGUUUUUUGUGUCUGUUGGUAAAAUAUCUCAUGAAUAACUGAAUGCGCUCUAGCUAAAAGCACCAUGCACACUUCAGAAGAUUGACCACUGUGGUAUGAGCGUGGCAUCAUGAAGGGGCAGGCUGUCAGUGUGAAUUCAUCAGGACUAGAUUUCUUCAUAAAAUUACAUGUACUGUUAGUUUUUCAUUGGUUAGCUUCUCCCUAUUAAACAUGAUUCACUGCA